AUGGUGCUUUUUGAAAAAGGUAAGGCAUUUGCCGCGGCGGCAGCAUCGCGCAGACCUUAUCGGGGUCCUGCACGGGCCCAGCCAUCUGACUUAACUGGGUCGCAACACGUACCAAAUUCGCAGCAACCGAAGCGGCCGUACCACGGCGCCGCCGAACCCGCAAAGGAUGCGGCUGCAAAAUAA